AUGCCCAACUCAACAAAACAACAACCACCCCACUACACUCCCUACUCCAAACCCCCCCACCACCACAAAAACAACCAACACCAGCACACCAAAACCAACAACAAAACCAACAACAAAACCACCCACUCCUCCAACAAAAACACCUACAACAGAUGCUGGGACUGGCUCCUAACAGGCGGCAACACACACUACGCCCGCAACCGCGCAACAUUCAGCACCUACCGACGCGCGCCCUGCAAGAUCUCCCACAGACGCGUCCUCGGCAUCGGCACCGUCGAGCUCACCGUGCAGCGCGCCCCGAACGACCCCCGCCCGCACAAGCUCACCCUCCACGACGUGCUGCACAUGCCUAGCGCACGGUGCAACGGGCUCAGCGUGGACAAGUACCGCGAGGAACACCCCGGGGAGGACCUGCGGGAGGUGAUGGUGGGUGGGGAUGGGGGCCAGGAGAUGAUGCAGGUUGUGCGUGAGGGAGAGGAGGAGGCACUGUGGUUUGCGGAUGAGUAUUGUGGGUGUUUGAGGGUUGUGGUUUGGGGGGAUCCUCAGGGGGAGAGCUUUUUGAGGGGUCCGGAGGAUGGUAGGCUUUACGGGGUUUCGAUUAUUGCGGGGGAGAGGGAGAUGCAGGUUUUGAGGGAGCGGGUGGCUCUUAGGGGGUAUUAA